AUGCAUAAAGGUUGCGAAAGGUACGAAGAAUGGAAAGCGGAACGAGCGCUGAAGACGAAAAUUCAGGAGAAAAAGAAAGAAAGGAAGAAACGGAAGAUAUCAAAAAAGACCGACGAGGAGGACAUGGAAGAGGUGGACGAAUUUGGUAAAACAAUUCGAAAGUGUAGAAAAAAGGAGGUAAAGAAGGAGAAGAAGAAGCCGAGACAAAGAGUUAGGAAAAUUUACAAACACAUACCGGAAUCAGAAUUGAUCUUAGGAUGUAUAAAACCAUCCAUAGAAGUGAGGGAAUACUUCCUCAAUCCACGACAUAUUUCAUGCAUGGGUCUUACAAUACCGCCAACGGAAGCACCGCCGAUAACUCGCGUGGCUGAUCGACGAAAAAAACCGUUGUACAUAACUACUUUCAAAAAAUGGAGUUGUAAGAAAAUAACGGAAGAAUCGGAUUUAGACAGUCCAAGCGAAUCUAUUUGUUCCUUCGACAGUGAAAUAUGCCUUGCAAACGUGAAGCUGACAUCGAAGGAUCACAAGGAGAUCAAGAAAUCUCAAGAGAAACGAUACGAAGAAGUCGAAUGA